AUGCUAAUCGUGUGGAAAUCAUUAAUAGCGCGACCUAAAAUUAUCCAUCCAAUACUAUUUAUGCUAAUUAUGAUACUAUCAGUAACUGAUAUUUCAUGGGCUUGGAAACAAAAAAAGAAACCUUGCAAACAGAUGGCCUUUAAUAGACGUACAACAAAUUAUCAUUCAUGGAGAGAACAGAUGACUAUUUGUGAAUUACUUGAUAAUUAUGAUCCUACCGUACGACCUUCCGGAAGAAUGCCUAAUAAUGAUCAAAAAGGACCAGUAAUUGUAUGGACAAGUUUAGAAAUACGUUUUAUUGGCGCAAUUAGCGAACGAAAUAUGGAAUUUGUUGCACAAUUUCGUUUUCAACAAGAAUGGUUUGAUGAUCGUCUUCGGUAUACAGAUCAUAGUGAUUUUCGUAAUUUUGAUUUCAUUCAUAUUGCUCAUGAUCAAGUACUCUGGAUUCCUGAUACUUUUUUCCAAAAUGAGCGAAAUGGACGGUAUCAUAUGUUGGAUCAGGAGAAUAAAUUUAUCAAAUUACGCUCUGAUGGAAAAAUUAUUUACAAUCGCAGGUUAACGUUAAUAUUGGCAUGUCAAAUGAAUUUAAUUCGGUAUCCUAUGGAUGUUCAACAGUGCCUUAUCGAUUUUGCUAGUUAUGCAUAUACAACAAGUGAUAUUAUCUAUAAGUGGGAUCAUACAGCAAUAACAAUUGAUAAGAAUGCUAAUAAUGCUUUGCCGAAUUUUCGAAUCACUACCUUUGAAAAUAAAUCCUGUGAUAGCACCACGAAUACAGGAACAUAUAGCUGUCUUCGGGUGGAACUUAAGUUAACACGUGUUUUCUCUUUCUUUCUCCUACAACUUUAUAUUCCAUCAACAAUGUUAGUUGGAGUAUCAUGGGUAUCAUAUUGGAUUGAUUGGAAAAGCACCGCUGCACGUGUACCUCUUGCAAUUGUUACCCUAUUGACGAUGAUCACCCAAUCAAAUGCAAUUAAUUCCAAUUUACCUCCUGUAAGUUAUACCAAAGCUAUCGAUAUAUGGAUUGGUGCUUGUGUCGUAUUUAUAUUUGCAUCAUUGAUCGAAUAUGCAAUUGUGAAUUAUUUCGGAAUUUUCGAUGAACAUCGGAAAGCACGAAUGAUGACAUCCAAUCAAACACGUCUCACUAAUAUUAUCGAAAAUGGCCUUUUGUUUAGUCCUCCUAUUACCACCUCACCGACAUCCUGUUUAAAUAGUCCCGAAAAGAAGAGUUUAUUACGACGUAGACGGAAACAAAGUUUUAAAGAAAUGAAUUAUGAAUUAAUUGAUUUCAAUUCAUCACAUAUAACACAAAGUCCGGAACCUAUUUGGACAUUUCAGGACGUAUCAGAUCUUAUGUAUGUUGGACAAAAGAAACGCAUUAAAUUAGUACAAUGGUGUAAUUUAUUAUCAUCAUGUAAACGAGCUGAAAGAAUUGAUAUAAUGGCCAGGCUAAUUUUUCCACUAGCAUUUAUUUUGUUCAAUUUUGCAUAUUGGAGUAUAUAUUUGGGUGAAAUGAUAGAGUGA